AUGCUGAGCCAAAUUAAUCAGAAGCUACCAGAGGAGCAUCGUAUCGCCUACUAUAAGAGCGUGCGAGAUGACCACACUGAGGAUUCACUCACCGGACUUGUCAAGUGGUUGUAUAGACAGCUACUAUUACUGGAGAAGGCGAAGCCGGCCGGUGUGGAUAGUCCAUCGACCCCUCCACCACAACAAUACAGAAUGUCCAAGUCUUCAAAUGCUGCCACAGUAAAUGAGUCCCAGCAGUACCAGCCUGGCAGGGAUAGACGGCCAGGGUUUGUUAAGUGUGCCCUACACCCUGAUACACGCACGCAUUUCCUGAAAACCUGCAACAAAUUUAAGAGCCUACCACAGAAAGAGAAGUACGAAAUAAUGAGAAAGAACAAUAUCUGCUUUCGUUGUGGGCACAACAACUGCGUAGCUGGCAAGCCCCCACAUGAUCACAACUCCUGUCAGUUUGUAGCUCCAUGUAGGUUCGAGACGUGUGGUAGUGAUCUUCAUUUUACAGCUAUCUGCCCUGCCAUGUAUGGAAAGAAGAGUAAUGGUACGCCAAAUCAAUCAAGGAGCAACGUAGAGCCCUCUCGAACAAACAGUAGCUCUGUCAACGUGACAACCGUUACCGCUAAUGAAAGAAGCAAACUGCAGGGCACUCUACCCACGGUCAUUGGGUAUCUCCGAUGCGGCAAUAUCCGUCGAAAAGUACGCAUCCUACUGGAUGGUGGUAGCCAAGCCACACUCUUAAGAGAAGGAAUCUUUCCCAGAACAGAUCAGGAUGUCUACCAGAAUCACGAUCUAAGUCUCGUUGGUGGCGGAAAAAUCACCAGAAAAUUAAGACUGUUGGAGUGUCACAUCGAAGACGUUGGAGGAACCUGGUCAUGCCCAUUGACUGUCACUGAAAUUGACCAACCCUGCGGUGACACUCCGAUAAUACUACCGGAACAUCUCCAUCAGUACAACCAUCUCUCUGAAGUUGACAUUCCCAUUGCCCCAUCAGAGACCAUCGAUGUAAUACUUGGUGUUGACAACACACACCUGAUGAUCUGGGAAGACUACAUCCUCGGUGGAAAGCCCAAUGAACCUGUAGCUGUCAGAUCCCCUUUUGGCUGGUUCAUUCAAGGUGGAAGAUCUGCUGGCUCAACCUGUCUGUUGAACUAUGUCAAUGUGUCAGCUAUCGGACCAAUAGAAGAGUUCAUCGGCCUGGAGAGUGUUGGCCUUGAGCCAAGAAGGUGUAAAUGCUCUACCGACCUCCUCAACGAAGGCGCAACCAAAGCCAUGGAACAAAGUGUGACCCAACUCCCAGAUGGUUCGUAUGAGAUUCAACUUCCGUGGAAGAAGUCGCCCGAAGAUCUUCCGGACAACUACGUUUUUGCAGUAAAAAGGCAGAAGAGCCUAGAAAAUGAGUUUAGGAAUAGGCCCGAAGAAUGGGAAACCUACUGCAAGCAAAUGAGGGAGCAACUUAAGAGAGGAGUUUCUAGAAAAGUCUCAAAGGAAGAGUUGCAACGAGACAGAGAUGCUGGGAUGAAGAUGUGGUUCCUACCUCAUUUUGCUGUCACCAAAGACUCAAUGACAACUCCUGUCAGAGUAGUAUACGAUGCGAAGGCAAGGUACCAGGGUUGUUCAUUGAAUGACUACCUCAUCAAGGGUGAGAAUAUCAACUCUGAUCUGUUUGAUGUUGCACUCCGAUUCCGAGAAAACGAAGUGGGCAUAAUUACAGACAUCAGCAAGAUGUUUCAAGCCAUCAAAAUCAAACCUGACGACGCCCGCUUCCACAGAUUUGUCUUUCGAGAGAAUUCCAAUCAUCCAAUCCAAGUAUACGAGUUGACAACAGUCACCUUUAGGGACAAGCCAUCUCCAACUGCCGCUAUUGUCACCCUAAGACACGUUGUAGCUGUUCAUGCACCCGGUGAUGACCACAUGAAGAAAUUGGUCGUGGACCAGUUUUACAUGGACGACCUCAAUGAAUCCGUUGUCGACACCGAAGAAGCUCUCAAUCUAAAGUCCAAACUGACGAAGACACUACAAAAGGGCAAUUUCGCCAUCAGAAAAUGGCAAUCUAACGGAGAGGAAGUGUGCGACAGUACAGAGGAUAACAAGCUAGCAGUCGCUUUGGGGACUAAGUGGGAUCUUAAGAAGGACACUUUUAGGGUCAAGGAAGUAAAGCCACUGCAGAGUACACCUACCAAACGCAACAUCCUUGGCCAAACAGCCUCCUACUAUGACAUUUUUGGUAUGUUGUCGGGUAUUCUCGUUCGACCCAAGAUCCUUUUGCAAAAAUUAUGGCAACUAAACCUAGAUUGGGACACCCCCCUCAACAAAAAGGGCGAGCUCUAUGCCAUACUAGAAGAGAUCAACAGGGACCUUGAAGAGACGAUCAGCAUUUCAAUUCCAAGAUGUCUUAUUCCGGAGUCCUACAGAGGAACAAGACCUUUGCCUGAAGUUUCUCUACAUGGUGUAAGCGAUGCCUCUGAAGAUGCUAUGGGCAUAGGAGUGUGGCUGAGGUGGUCUCACCCAAAGGAUACUGAGGCACAGCUGUCGUUUGUGUGCGCACGAGCUAGACUUACACCACUGAAGCAGUCGAGCAUACCCAGAAAAGAACUUCAAGCAAUCCUAUUGGUAUCAAGGCUAAUGCUAACCGUUAGAAAUGCUCUGCGGCUCAAGAUAGCAUACUCCAAGAUAUGGACGGACAGCAUGACCGCCUUGAGUUGGCUCAGAGGACAAUCUAAGUCUUUCCGCUCCUAUGUCGCAUAUCGUGUUGGUGAGAUCACUUCAGAGUUUGACCCCGUCAAGGAUAUUACCUAUGUGCCAUCGGACCUGAACGUUAUUGACCUGGUCUCGAGAGGUGGAACUGCGGCUGAGAUGAGGCAAGUCAUCGAGGGACCAGGAUACUUGAAGCUGCCACCUGCAUCUUGGCCGAAGACACCAGAGAACAUCCCAGUGGACCCUGAAGAUGGAGAGCAGAAAAAGUUCCACGCCAGGAAUGCCAAAACGCUAGCACUUGGAGUCAAUGUUGUGUCUGACCCCCCUAUAGUCGACGCAACCCAGAUCUCAAGCUGGUCAAGACUGAAGAUGGUCACUGCAAGAGUGUUGUCUUUGAAGCAGAUCCCUAAAACCCAAUGGUUGAAACAGCUCACCCAGCAGAUUUCACAGUGGCCUUCCCUGAAGUUAGUCAAGGAAGCUGAGUUAUAUUGGAUUCGACAGGCACAAAGGGACAUCAACUUCCAGGAUCCCAACAUCAUAAAGUUGGAUCCGUUCUUAGAUGAAGAUGAACAAGUGUAUCGGGUCGGUGGACGAGUUGGCAGAGCACCGAUAUCUCUUGAUGUUCGACAUCCAUAUCUACUUCCUAAGAAGAGUCACAUCAGCCUGUUGAUUGUACGUGACAGACACACACAUGCCCUUCAUAGAGGUCACCUGAGAACUGCAACUGAGGUCAGGAAGAAGUAUUGGAUUGUCGGCGACACGAACCUGUCAAAGGACAUUGUGCGCAAUUGCGUCAUUUGCAGGAGACAUAGAAGCAAACCAGUCCAACAGAAGAUGGCUGACUUGCCAGAGUUUAGAGUGAGUCCUUGCUCGCCCCCUUUCAAGACUACUUUGGUGGACUACCUUGGACCAGUGAAUGUAAAGUUGAAUCGAAACACUUCUACCAAAGGCUACUGCGCUGUGUUCACGUGUGCAGUGACCAGAGCUGUGCAUUUGACAUGCGUUCAAGAUCUGUCAACACCAGCGUUCCUACAGGCCCUGGAAAGGUUUGUCAGUAUGAGAGGGGCGCCAUCCACUCUGGUCAGCGACAACGGUACUUGCUUCAGAGGAGCUGACAACACCAUUAAUGAGUUGAACUUGAAGUUUGACCAGGCUCAACUGAGGGAUCAUUGCCAAAGGUUUAGUACCCAGUGGAAGUUUGGACCUCCAGGAGGACCCCACCACCAAGGAGCUGUUGAACGCAUGGUCCAGGAAGUCAAGAAGGGCAUGAGACAUCUGGGGAAAGCAGAUCGUCUGACGUUCGUUGAGUGGGAGACUGUGUUCUGCCAGAUAUCCGGUCUCAUCAACAGUCGACCCUUAACUGCCAAGUCUUCAUCACCGCUCGACAAUCCACCACUGACACCAAAUCACUUCUUGAUUGGAAGAGGCGACUUGCCAUGCCCCGAGGUUCCAUGUGAAGAGUACGUGGGAAACUUACGGAAGCGCAGAGAGAUCUGCAAUGCGAUGGUUGACGGUUUUUGGCAACGCUGGAUGGAGUGCAUCCACAAGCUCUCCCCGCGACAGAAGUGGCAACGAUCAGAUGAGAACCUUCAGGAGGGAGACAUCGUCAUCGUCAUCAGUGAGGACAAGAAGCGUGGCUCCUGGAAAAUGGCCGAAGUUGUGAACAUUUAUCCGGGAAAAGAUGACCUUGUUAGAGUCGUUAGGAUUAGGUUUGCGGAUGGCUCCCACUAUAAGAGACCAGUGACGAAACUCAUUCUACUGAUGAAGAGAUCAGAGCGGUCAGAUGUAGUUUAA